AUGGCCCCCAUGAACUUCAUCUUCAAGUCCAAGUCGCGCACGCCGCAGGAGCUCGUCCGUCACUUGCGCGAUACCAUCCUUCGACUCGACACGUCCACGCCUCUCGGUGGCAGCAACUCGAACAACUCGCUCCACAGCAACUAUGCGGGCUCCAACGGCGCAGCGUCCUCCUCCUCGGGCGGCUCUUCCUCCAACCUCACCUCCUCCAGCUCCACUGGCGGCACCUCAGCGGAAUCUCGUCGCAAAGCAGUCGAUGAAGUCUCCAAGACGCUCUGUCAGAUCAAGGCGAUCCUGUUCGGCGAUGGCGAAGUGGAUCCGCAGCCCGAGCUGGUCGCCCAGCUAGCGCAGGAAGUCUACGCGCACGAUGUGCUCCAACUCCUCGUCGCGCACAUCUCCAAGUUUGAAUUCGAGGCCAAAAAGGACGUCUCCCAAAUCUUCAACGUCCUCCUUCGGCGACAGAUCGGCUCACGUUCUCCCACCGUCGAGUACCUUUCCACCCGACCCGAAGUGAUCUUCCUCACCCUCCGCGGGUACGAGAAUCCCGACGUAGCGCUCAACACGGGCAUGAUCCUUCGCGAGAUGCUUCGUCACGAACCUCUAGCCAAAAUCCUUCUCUACUCCCCCCAAUUCUACACCUUCCCGGAAUACAUCGAGACGACCACCUUCGGUAUCUCGUGCGAUGCAUUCUCCAACUUCAAAGAGACCCUCACGCGUCACAAGCCCACGGUGGCAACCUACCUCGAUACCAACUACGACCGCUUCUUCGCCACCUACACCACCCUCCUCCAGUCCCCCAACUACGUCACCAAACGACAAUCGCUCAAACUCCUCGGCGAAAUCCUGCUCGACCGCACCAACUUUUCCGUCAUGACCCGCUACAUUUCCUCGGAAGACAACCUGAAGAUGAUGAUGAACCUCCUCCGGGAUAAGUCGAAGAAUAUUCAGUUUGAGGCGUUUCACGUGUUCAAAGUCUUUGUGGCCAAUCCGAAGAAGCCACCUCAGAUCGAGGGGAUUUUGAGGAGGAAUAGGGAGAGACUGGUUAGGUUUCUGGGCGAGUUUCAUAACGAUAAGGACGACGAACAGUUUGUGGACGAGAAGCAGUAUGUAUUGCAGAUCAUCGAGGCUACGGGCAAGACGGCGGGACCGGCAGCGGAGAAGGGUAGCUCCGGGGCCAGCGCGAUAGGCGCAAAGUAG